AUGCCACCCUCAAACACAGAGAAGGAGAUCGCGACCCUCCUCCUGUCCCUUGCUGGAUCUAACACCCACUCCAUCUCCCCCUCCCAGGUUGUAUUGCUCGAACGGUCUCUCCUACCCACAUCCCCAAAGUCCGAGCGCUCCCUCGCUUACAUCUGCCUCUCUAAAAUCGUCGAGAAUGCCUCUUCCCGCGGGGAUCAGCGGGACACUUACCUCGCGGAGGUGUUUCAACCCAUCGUAGCGCCUUUUCUAGCCGAAGGAGCCGUCGAGGGGACAGAUGAGCGAUUCAUCCCUCUCAUCACAUUCCUUACGGCACUCUUCCCCCUCGCGUCGGCGGUCUGCGUCGCACUCCUCACUACCCCAUUAUCCAAAGAGGAAGAGGCGCCGGAUGCACUGGCGAUCAUUCUGGAGCUGGCGGAGAUUGACGAGCCUAUCCAGCUCGUACUGGCGGAGAUGCUCGUUGCGGCAACAGGGACGAAGGCGGGGCGGACAAUGGUCCUGGCGAGAGCGAUGCCGUGGUUGGAGGGAGGCCGGCCUAUACGGGGAGACGGAAAGCUAUCUGGGCUAUGCUGCGCAGCGUUCUGUAAGCUUGGGCUGUGGGAGCGGACGCCGGCAGAGGUGGGGUAUGGGAUAGGGAGUGCCGAUCCGCAGGCGGACCCGUCACAUACCGUCAGCGCGACGGAACUCGUCGAUGACAUGCUGGCGUCCCUGGCGCGGAAUCUAGAGUAUCCGUCAAGGGUAUCGGCCAUCAUCGAGGGGUUGGCAGUCAUCUCCACUCGGCCCGCUUCCAAGCGCUACCUCGCUGGAAAGUCGGAUUUCCUCCGUUCCCUCCAGACACUCCUUCCUGCCAUACCUACCCGAGGCGGCUCGCUUCCCGUCACAUCUCGCGGCACUAACUCAUCCCCUGCGCCCAUCGCUGCCGAGCCGGCCGAUACUGCCCUCUGCUACGGUAUCACCACCAUCCUCCUCAAUCUCACAUCGCGGAAACCGGUCCUUUCGGCGGAGGAGGAGCAGAUGGCCAAGCUGCGCGCUAUGGCCGCGUCGGGCAAGAAGGGCGGAGGGGAGAUACGCACCGACCCACUGGAUGAGGCGCCAGAGGUCCAAAAGCGGGUGGGGCAGCUGUACGAUGCGGGUAUCAUUCCUGCGCUGAGCGGGCUGGUACGGGCGGAGAGUCUGCUAUUGAAGCAGUCACUGGGGAAGCUGUGCCUGAAUCUGGUGGAGGACAAGGAACGGCGACUGCAGUUCAUCCGGGAAGGGGGAUACAAGGUGCUUGCCGAAGUCACCCGGAAACUACUGGCGGCGUAUGACGGGACGGCCGAGUCGACUUCCCCCAUCCAUACCCCCUCAGCCGAGAUCGACCUCUUACCCGCCCUCCAAGUGAACGCUAAGCUCAUCAUUACUACCCCGCCCAACCUCCUCUUUCCUCCUCCCCACCUCACCACCUCCCUCAACGCCCUAACGCCAAUGUACACCCUCCUCACGCACCCAUCGGCGACCCUCCUCCAGACCUUCGAGGCGCUUAUGGCGCUCACCAACCUCGCGUCGAUCUCUGCGGACGUGGCGGACCGGAUCGUCACUGCUACGAUCAUCCCGAAGCGGACGGACGAGAUGUGGCGGUCUACGGGGAACGAUGAGGUGCGGAUAGUGGGCAAGGUGGAGGAGAUGAUGAUGGAGGAUAACGAGUUGGUGAGGCGGGCAGCGACGGAGUUGGUGUGUAAUCUGGCGGGGUGCGAGAAGGGCUUCGGGUACUUUUCUGGCGAGGCGGAAGGCAGCGGGAAGACGGGACGGGUCAAGCAGAGAUUAACAUUCUUGCUCGUCCUCACCGAUAUCGACGAUCUACCUACUCGUCUAGCGGCCGGCGGCGCUCUCGCUAUCGUUACGGAAUCCCAUACAGCCUGCGCGGCCAUACUCGAACCGUCAUCAGGCGAGCCGUCGGGAAGGUCGGCGUGGAAGAGGCUGGCGAGCCUGUUGGAGCCAGAAGAGAUAGAGGAGGAAGGGGAGAAGAUUGCCCUCAUCUCGAGCACGCCGCCCGAUGAGGGGUUGAUUUUGAGGGCGGUAUGUGUCCUGCAGAACCUUCUGCAGUAUACGGUGGGGAUGAAGGGGGAGGCGAGGGAGAGGGAGGUGCAGAGGAUAAAGGGGGAUGGGGUGCAAGAGGCGUUGAGAGGGGUGGUGGGCCUGAAAGUGGGGCAGGGGGUUUUGAGGCCUGUAGUGGAGUGUUUGCAGUUGUUGAAGAAGAUGAGUGGAUAG